AUGGAGGCGACAAUCGGAUGAUUCGGAUGCCAGCUCUCCUCCUUCCCGCAGAAUGUGUUGAUUGUGUAGUGCUGUGGUUGUUUUCGUAGAAAUCAGUCAAUGCGAUCGCUUUUGGGUGUUGAAGUUCCGAAUUCGGAACCCCGCGAAAGCACAGUCCGCACUUUGAAGCAAGUGCCAUGCCCUUCGCGAAUACGAAAUAUCUGGAGUAGGGUGGUAUCGCAGCAUGUGUGAACGCGAACUAGCAAACCCGAGCCCAGAAAAGCCGUCCGGUGCAGAGCAGCUCCUGAUCGAAUCGCACUCCGUGGCGUUUCCUUACGCUCCGUACCCAUCUCAGAAAUUGGUCAUCGUAAGGGUUCUGCAGGGAUUGAAGAAUGGGCGAAACUGCCUCAUAGAGUCUCCAACUGGAAGUGGCAAAACGCUGGCAUUGCUUUGCUCCUGUCUUGCUUGGCAAGCCAACCAGAAAGAGAUCUAUUAUGCUCAGCUUGAGAGACUACGGCAGGAGUUGGAAGCGAGGGAAAACGAACUGCAAGAUGGCCAUGCUCUGCAUCAACCCAAUACACCUGCACACAAAAUUCAGUCGACUGCCGGAACUCUAGUGAAGGGCAGCGCCCCAGUUGGGGUGCCUGGUGCGGCAAGCCCCGUCCCCUCGAACCGAGGUGCCAUUCCCAACCCUUGGCUGGAAACCGGUCAGAGCAUCGUCGUCAACGGGCAGCUGGUGCCAGUGGUGACGCAGGCUUACCUGGACAGCCUCCUGGCUUGCGGAGAGAAACCAAAGACUCCAAGUGUGGCUGUUCGGAGUGCUACGCCCAGUAUGCAUAUUUUUUAUCCAUUGCCUGUUUGCAUGUGCCUGUGAAUGGCACACCUCUUCCCAUAGUCACUGUUAA